UUGUUUCCAAACCCAUGUUCUCUGGUAUCCUUGUUUUCAUUUUUAAUACCUAAAUUUGACUUUUUUCUUUCUAAUUUCUUCUAUAAAUAUUGUUAUUCCAUUCACUGGAUUACUGAAAUUGGUCACAUAAAUAUAUCUCAUACAACAAUGGUGAAGUACAUCCAAGUGAAAAUCUUGUUACUGGUUUUGUUCAUCUCUCUUCCGCCAACUACAUUGGCGAAACUUCGAGUCGGAUUCUAUACAAGUUCAUGUCCUCAGGCUGAAUCAAUUGUUCAACAAGCGGUGCAACAAAGGUUCGUGGCUGAUCAAUCUGUAACUGCGGCGUUACUUCGGAUGCAUUUCCACGAUUGUUUCGUUAGGGGUUGUGAUGCAUCCAUUCUAAUAGACUCGACCGCCAACAAUCAAGCGGAAAAAGACGCACCCCCAAAUUUGACAGUACGAGAAUACACGCUUAUAGACCAAAUCAAGACCAUGCUAGAAGCUGCAUGUCCUGAGACCGUCUCAUGUGCGGACAUCGUUACACUCGCAACACGAGACGCGGUUUCUCUAUCUGGGGGCCAACGAUACAAUGUGCCAACAGGAAGACGUGAUGGGCUGGUUUCAAGUGCUAGUGAAGUUAAUCUACCCGGCCCCACAUCCACUGUAUCUCAGUCACAACAAGCGUUCAGUGCUCGAGGGUUAACCUUAAAUGACAUGGUGGUCCUUUUAGGCGGUCACACAAUUGGUGUAACACAUUGUAGUUUUUUUCAACAUAGGUUAUCCAAUUUCCAAGGAAGCGGGUCCCCGGACACUAGUAUGGAUGAAGAAUUAGUUACAACCCUUAAGGGUACGUGUGGUUCGGUCCCAAAUACGGAUCCUACUACGUUCCUCGACCAAAAUACAUCGUUUGCACUUGAUAAUGAGUAUUUUAAUCAGAUCAUGAAGAAGAGAGGCGUUUUACAAAUUGAUCAAGAGCUAGCAUUGCACACAUCAAGUUCUAAAUUGGUUUCUAGGUUUGCAUCUAAUAAUGCAUUGUUUGGACAAAGGUUUGCCAAGGCUAUGGUCAAGCUGGGAAAUAUUCAAGUUCUUGAGGGUAAUUUAGGGGAGAUUAGGAAAAAUUGUAGGAUUUUUAAUGCACCUUCCCAAUAGGGGAAAAAAAAAAUACUCUGACAUAUUUAGAUAUUUUUUAAUUUUUUUUGUAUUUUGCUGGGGGUUAAAAGGACAAAUAUACCCCUCUGCUGAAUUCACCUUUAAAAAUAAAUGCGGUACAUACGUUUCAUUCAUA